CGGCUGCGCGCAGGAGCUCUAGGCGCCGCCGCCGCCACCUGGCAGGCAGCCUACUGGCCAUGGGGCUGUUUGAAGCUUCGGGGCGGUUGCCCCCUGAAGCGAGGGAUGGGGCGGGAGCCCGCGCUACCCCCGCCCCUGAGGGCUGUGCGGGAAGCCACUCGAGCGCUGCCCGCGGGCUAGCCUUGGGCCGCGGGAGGCGGCUGAGUGUGGAGGAGCCCCGGCCCAGGAGACAGAGGGACACACAGGCACUGUUGCCUGUGACACAGGCCAUGGAGCUGAGAAAGCGAGACUACCAUGUGGAGCGGCCACUGAUGAACCAGGAACAGUUGGAGGAGCUGGGGUGCUGGACCUCAGCAACCACGACCUACCAAUGGCGAACCUGGUUUCAGUGCUCCCGUGCUCGGGCCCGAGCCCUUCUGUUCCAGCACCUCCCGGUUUUGGCCUGGCUACCCCGGUACCCCUUGCGUGACUGGCUCCUGGGCGACUCGUUGGCUGGCCUGAGUGUGGCCAUUAUGCAGCUACCACAGGGCCUAGCCUAUGCCCUCCUGGCUGGACUGCCCCCCGUGUUUGGCCUCUACAGCUCUUUCUAUCCUGUCUUUAUCUACUUCCUGUUCGGCACUUCCCGGCACAUCUCCGUGGGCACCUUUGCUGUCAUGUCUGUGAUGGUGGGCAGUGUGACAGAAUCCUUGGCCCCGAAUGAGAACUUCCUGCAGGGUGUGAACUCCACCGUCGAUGAGGUGGCCAGAGAUGCCGUGCGGGUGCAGCUGGCCUCCACGCUCAGCGUCCUGGUCGGACUCUUCCAGUGUGCAGUGCGCACGGAAGUCGGGAACCGGGAGCAGCAGCAGGCUUCUCUCACGUUCCUCUCCGAAAUGUGA